AAGCGUUUUGUCAGAUCGCAGCUUCACACUCAGUCAGAAAAGUUCCCAGAUAUGGGGCUCUGUUCCUGGGCAGGAGCUCAUCAUCUGCUGCCAGUCCUGGUUCUUGUGUCAGCACUACAUGUCAAAGCUGAACAGAAUCAAGCGAAGGAGAGGCACUACUACAUUGCUGCUGAGGAAAUUGACUGGAGUUACUCCGGCAAUGGCACAAACAGGUUUAAUCCCAUCUACAAAAAAGUGGUCUUUCGGGAGUAUGACAAAGACUUCCGAAAAGCUAAGCCUCAUCCAUCAUGGCUAGGCUUACUUGGACCAACGCUGCGAGCUGAGGAGGGAGAGACGAUUGUCGUCACUUUCAGAAACAGGGCCAAUGGUCCAUACAGCCUCCACUCCCAUGGCGUGAAUUAUGGGAAACAAUCUGAAGGAGCCAAUUACUUUGACAACACAUCAUUAAAAGAAAAAGAAGAUGAUCUGGUAUAUCCCAACCAGGAACACGUUUACUACUGGGAAGUUACGUCAAAAGUUUCUCCACAGCCUGAUGACCCCAACUGCCUUACCUACACGUACUUCUCCCAUAAAAAUGUAGUGGAGGAUUACAACUCUGGUCUCAUUGGAACUUUACUCAUCUGCAAGCCAGGCAGUCUUGAUGAGUCAGGGAAGCAGGUCGGUGUCCACAAGGAAUACACAUUACUUUUUGGAGUUUUUGAUGAGAAACAGAGCAUAUAUGACCCCAGAGGUUUCUCCACUGACAACCAUGUCAUGUAUACCAUUAAUGGAUACGCAGAGGGAGCCCUGCCUGAUGUCCAUUUUUGCGCUCACGCCCCUGUGAGUCUGCAUCUGGUGGGAAUGAGCUCAAACCCCGAAGUGUUUUCAGUCCACAUCAACGGGCAGGUACUGACUCAGGAGGGACACAAAGUGUCAUCAGUGGGGCUAAUCAGCGGCUCCUCAGCUACCGUCAGCUUGGUGGCGCCUUACGCGGGGCGCUGGCUGCUCUCCUCGCAAAACAUGAGGCAUAUAGAAGCCGGCCUGCACGGUUUUCUGGACAUAAAGAAGUGUGAAGAAUUUAAAGAACCCACACGAACCAUGACCAUCGCACAAAAACGACAAAGCACAGAGUGGAAAUAUUACAUAGCUGCAGAGGAAGUUGUCUGGGACUACUCCCCCAACAUGCAGGAACAUAUGGACGAAGACUUCAAACGCCAAUACUUGACGCAGUCAUCCACUCGUAUUGGUGCCAAGUACAAGAAGGCAGUGUACACGCUGUACAAAAAUGAAUCAUUUACUGAAAGAUUGGAGAAUGCGCAAAUCAAGAAUGAGCUGGGGAUCUUAGGCCCAGUGAUCAGAGCUCAAAUCAGAGAUGUUAUUAAGGUUAUUUUUAAGAACAUGGCAUCCAGGCCUUACAGUAUCUAUCCACAUGGGCUGAUGAUAGAAAAAUCUGAGGAGGGGGUCUACUACCCAAAAGGAGGAAAUCAUUCGCACAUGGUUAAACCAGGUGAAACACACACCUAUGUGUGGAAGGUGCUGGAGGAAAAUGAGCCUUUAGAUGCAGAUUCUCGCUGUCUGACACGGAUGUACCACAGUGCAGUGGACACACCUCGGGACAUUGCGUCGGGACUGAUUGGGCCAAUCCUCAUUUGUAAGAGUCAGUCCCUGAAUGUCAGAAAUGUGCAAGUGAGGGCAGACAAAGAGCAGCAAGCAGUGUUUGCCAUGUUUGAUGAGAACAAGAGUUGGUACUUGGAUGACAACAUUCGACUGUAUUCGGAUGUUUCCAAAGUCAACAAGGCUGACAGAGACUUUUAUGAUUCUAAUGUCAUGCACACUAUAAAUGGUUAUGCUUUUGAAAGUGGGCCUGUCCUGGGCUUCUGCAAUGGUGAGGUGGCAACAUGGCAUGUGUCCAGCAUCGGCGCACAGAACCACAUUCAGACAGCCACCUUCUACGGCCACCCAUUUGAGCUUAAUGGCAGGACAGAAGACUUUCUCAGCCUCUAUCCCAUGACUGGAGAGACCAUCACGAUGAACAUGGACAAUAUUGGUGUCUGGCUUUUGGCUUCCCUGAAUUCCCAUGGAACAACUAAAGGACUUCGCACCAAGUUUCAAGAUGUUGAGUGCUAUCGUGAGCUUCAAUAUGACGACGACUUUGAAAAUCCAGCUCUAAUUGUGUGGAAUCCUCCAACAUUGGAUGAGAUCAAAAAAGAGAAAGAGGAGCCAAAAACUAAAACUAAAGCAACAACAGAGGAGACAGAUCAUCUAACGGACAUUUAUGCAGAAUGGCUAAAUAUACGGUCACAGAAAACCCAGUCCAGUGCAUCAGAUGUGGAGGAGCUGGAUUUGUCUUUUCUUGAUUAUGAUGCCAUCGAUGUAGAUGGUGACAUCACUUUAAAGGAGCCAAACCAUCAAUCUUCUUCAAAACCAUACGUGCUGAACAAAACUCAAUCUUCAAACGGCAAAAAAAUGGAAGAAGUUGCUUUUCAAAACCAAAGCAUAAGUGACAUCGCAGCCUAUUCACUGAGAAACACGACUGCAGCUUUUGAUUCUUUGUCAGUUCCUCAAACAAAGAACAAAACAGUUUUCAGUGAGUAUAAAGAGUUGACAAAGAACAGCAGUUUAACUUUAAAUGCAAGUCUGUCCAAAGUUGUUUCCAACCCUGAAUCUGCUUCUUUCUCCACAAAUACUACGUUUUACAAAUCUACUGCAUCAUCAAUAUUUCAGAACGUGUCUUCUGAAACCAUAAAUGUUACUGCACCUUUACAAGCUACAGCCAAUCCUACCAUGCCAUUACAAGAUACUACAAAUGUAAUACUAGAUUUACAAGGUAAUGCCAAUUUAACCUUAACAGUAGUCACAUCAACUGGAACAUCACAAAACACUACCAAUGUAACAAAAGACUCAGAGGACAAUCACAAAUCCACUACAGAAAUACAAAAGGCUGCCAGUCUAAACGCAACAUUACCAGGCAUUACCCAUCCAACUGAAGCCUUUCUAGACCAGACCAAUACAACUUUUGAGUCACAAGACAUUACUAAUGUAACCACAGGAUCCCCUAUACAACCAACUGUAAUAACGGAAAUUAGUGACAAAAGUAAUGAUCUAACCAUGGAGAUAUGGGAUGGUCUCCAUAUGACUGUAGCACUUCCACAAAAUCAAACAUCUUUUUCAGAAAACGAAACAACAAAUACUCAGUUCCUUGAGGAUAGCUCUCCUGCAGUGGACAAAGGAGUAGUAAUAGAACCUGAGGGUCAAAUCACAAGAGGAGAUGUGUUCCUUUAUGACGUGUUUGGGACCAGCAGUACCACAAUGCAACACAACAGCACUGUACAGAAUGCAACUGUGCUUAGCAAUACAACUACUGAACAAGUAUAUGACAACAAAACAAAGCCUGUUGACGUGACAGUUGGGAUAAAACUUUGGUUUAAGGAAUUAAACAGCAACAGUUCUGCAAGUUACAACUGGACUCUUGAGUCAAUAACUAAUGCCACACAUAUCAUUAAUGAUAACUUUACAGUUACAGACCAUCAACUUCAAGAAAAUUCUUCCAAGAUUUUGACUGUUGUAACCAACACAUGCAUUAAAAAUGUGACAGAUGGUUUGCCUAAAGGUCCUCCUUCACUAAACAUCACAGUGAAUGCAUCCAGAUCUGAUCCCUCAAACACGAAUGAAUAUAAUGUCACAUCUAACGUAGAAAACUUGACCAACACCUCUUUAGAAAGUUUACCCAGUGAGGUUUCAGUUUUACUUAACCACUCAGAAAAACUGAGUUCAAACAUCUUAAGUUCUUUGUAUGACACAGAAGAGGUUUUCAUUUAUCUAAACAAAAACACUACAGAGGCAAUUAAAACCUUCUCCUUCAAUCCACAAGAUCAGAAUUGGACUUAUGAUGUAAUUCAUAAUAAAGUGCCUCAGGAGAUUCCGGACGACCUUAAGAAAUACUUUGAGAAAGAAACACUAACAACCACUCCGCCUCCAAAAAAGACCAAAAAGGUUGUUCUCAAACAAAAACCCAAGAAAGGCCAAGGAAUGAAGACCAGGAGAAAGAAGGUAUAUAAACCUCAAGAAAGAAGUGAUUUACCUUUGUCUCCUCGAGGAUUCAGUCCAGAGAUGACCCCCCGUGGGAAUCGCCCCCUGACACCACAGCCUGUGUCUAAUGACGAGGAGCUGGUUAACCAACCGAUUGUUAUUGGUGUGCCCCUGCAUGGUUUCAGUGAUUACCAGCUAUAUAUUCCUGGAAAGGAACCAGAUCAUCUGGAGAUCAAUAAACAAGAUGUGACGGCAAAUGAAUAUGAAUAUGUGAUGUUCAAAGAUCCCUACAGUGAUCACAAAGAUAUUAUGAACAUGAACCUGGAUGAGACCACCAAAUAUUACUUAGAGUUAUCAGGCCCAAAUACCAAGACCUACUUCAUUGCUGCAGAGGAAGUAGAAUGGGACUAUGCUGGCUACGGGCAGAGGAGACCAGAAAAAAACCAACUGUACGGCCCAGAAACAAAAUUUACCAAGGUUAUUUUCCGUGGUUACCUGGAUAGUGACUUUAGCACUCCUGAUAUCCGUGGGGAGCUUGAUGAGCAUCUUGGUAUCCUGGGACCUGUCAUCAAAGCAGAGGUUGGACAAACCAUUAUGGUAGUUUUCAGAAACCGUGCCAACCGCCCCUACUCCAUACAUCCAAAUGGAGUUUCCUAUACAAAGCAGACAGAGGGCAUGUCUUAUGAGGACGGCUCCAAGAACUGGUAUAAGUAUGACAACGAGGUUCUACCUAAUACAACCUUUACUUAUAUAUGGAAGGCCAGUACUGAUGCUGGACCAGGACCAGAAGACUCUAAUUGCCGGACCUGGGCUUACUACUCUGGAGUUAAUCCUGAAAAAGAUAUCCACUCUGGCUUGAUUGGACCUUUACUGGUGUGUCGAGAAGGUACAUUGGACAAACAAGAAGACUCAAGGGAGUUCACUUUGCUCUUCAUGACAUUUGACGAGUCCCAGAGCUGGUACUACAACCAGAACUUUGAGCUGUUGCAAAGGAAGAGCCGAAGGAGAUUUCUGGAUGCCAGCCUUAAGGAAAACCUCAAAUUUCAUUCCAUAAAUGGAAUAAUAUUCAACCUGAAGGGACUGAGGAUGUACACAGACCAGCUCGUGUACUGGCACCUUCUAAACAUGGGUUCUUCCAAAGACUUUCAGAGUGUUCACUUUCAUGGACAGACUUUCAUUACCAAGAAGACCAAGAGCUACAGACAGGCUGUCUAUCCACUAUUGCCUGGGAGCUUUGCAACCCUGGAGAUGUACCCAUCUAAACCUGGUCUGUGGCAGCUGGAGACAGAAAUUGGUUUAAUCCAGCAGAAGGGCAUGCAGACCCUCUUUCUAGUUCUGGAUAAUGACUGCUACCAUCCGCUGGGCCUUGAGUCAGGCAGUGUAAAAGACAACCAGAUUACAGCGAUCCAUACAAGAGGGUACUGGAAGCCUCAUCUUGCCAGAUUGAACAAUAAUGGCAGAUACAAUGCGUGGAGCACAGAGAACAACAGCAGCUGGAUUCAGGUGGACUUCCAGAGGCCAGUUGUAAUCAGUCAGGUGGCAAUUCAGGGUGCCAAACAGCUCUUCCAAUCCCAGUAUGUGACAAAAUACUCUAUCUCAUACAGCAAUGACAACCACAAAUGGAGCUACUACAAAGGCGACAGCAAAUAUUUCUGGAAGGAAUUCCCUGGUAACCAGGAGGCUUAUGAGACAAAGACGAACACAUUUUCUCCUCCUGUGUUUGGACGAUUCAUCAGGCUCCACCCCAUUGAGUGGUACAAAUCUGCCACAGUCCGCAUGGAGUUCUAUGGAUGUGAGCUUGAUGGCUGCUCAGUACCUCUGGGGAUGGAGAGUGGCAAGAUACAGGACCACAGCAUCUCCGCCAGCUCGACAGCCUCCAGCUGGUACGGUGGCUCCUGGAGUCCAUUCCUUGCAAGGCUUAACAAACAGGGUGCUAUCAAUGCAUGGAGAGCAAAGAAUAACAACAUGAACCAGUGGCUGCAGGUGGAGCUGCCAAAAGUAAAGAAGAUCACCGGUAUUAUAACUCAGGGAGCCUUGUCUCUAGGGAAGGAGAUGUAUGUUACCAGUUACACCAUCCAGUACAGUGACAAUGGUGUCCACUGGACACACUACACAGGUAACGAGGAAUUUCCUGCCAAGAAAUUCUCUGGAAACACAAACAACAGUGACCACGUGAGGAACUACAUUUACCCUCCCAUUUUUUCCCGCUACAUCCGAAUUGUUCCAGAAAGAUGGAUUGGUUCGAUCACUAUGAGAAUAGAGCUGCUGGGCUGUGACUUUGAGUGACAGGUUGUUGGGGUUUUCUAUGAUAAUUGUGCAUAAAUAAAGUUGUCCAAAUUUU